AUGAGACCUGUGGUCUCUUAUGACGAUAUCACAGCGCCGCAACAAAUCACAUCUCAGAUAGGCCCACAAGCACCUGUUAACGCGCCUCCCUCUAAAAAGCGGAAACCCAAUCACAGCCUCUUCAAUACACGGCCGCAGAAGCAGUUCCAGCACUGGGAUGAUCCUGGAAGCCAUGCCCCGCAAAUGAUAUACGACGAUAUCUCGACUAUCCAUGCGGAAGACCUUGUUGAAGGCGGAGAAGAGGAAGGCGAGACUGUUGAGGAUGAGAGCAGGGAAUUGACGCAUCAGGAGAUCUGGGAUGACUCUGCACUUGCUCUCAAUGGUCCCGGAAGUGACUGGAAGAACGAGGCCGUGCAACCUGCAAAGCGAUCACCGUUGUGGUACAACAUACCGCCUCUUAUGUCAGAAUCAAAAGCGACGACCAAGGCAACGAAUAAUGCGAAUUUAGCCUUCGUCAACGGCUCCAACUCGCAAUCCGGUCAAGAUGGCAAAGGGGAUGAUUCUAUCCCACUCAACUUCGAUACUUUUGUCCCGACUCACGAUGCUUCACUCAGCUCCGCGGUCCCGCUGCAACCUUUUUCUAUUCCUGGACCUGAUUCUGCGUCGUUUCACGUUCCAGGUACUACAGGCCCAAUAGUUAACCAGGACGAGGCGUUUUCGCGCGCCCUGACGGCAAUGUAUUGGGGUGGUUAUUACACUGCCGUAUAUCAUUACCAUAGGAAUUUGAAUGCUAGCGAAAAUGCUGAGGAAGAGGACGAUUGUGUUGAGCAAGGUGAGGCUGAGCAAGAUGAGGAUAUGAUGCCUGCCCAACGGUAG